ACCCCAGCCACCCUGCUGUUCUGCCCAUCCCAUUUGAAUAUCUUGGACCUUCUGCCUAGACUUUGGAGGUUCUAUGCUUCCCGCUCUUGCCAUGUCCACAGUACUCCCGGCCCCUGACCCAUUUAUCUUUAUUCCUUCCCAGGCCUUGGCUGCCUGGAAGGCCAGAUGCUGAGUGAUAGCUGCCAGGAGUUGCGGGACAAGUUCUGGGAAUUCUACAAGGCCGACUGGUGCGUGUGGCCAGCUGCACAGCUGGUGAACUUCCUCUUCGUGCCCCCCCAGUUCCGAGUCACUUACAUCAAUGGCCUGACACUGGGCUGGGACACAUACCUGUCCUACCUAAAGUACCGGAGUCCAAGCUCCCUGACACCCUCAGCCUGCAUGGCUCUGGACACCCGAAUGGACUGAGCUGCCUGUUUCCCAGCACAGGAUGCCAAAUAGUGCAAGACUAACUCCCAGAGGACUACCCUUUGACUGGUGGUGAAACAGUUUCUGCCCAGGCCAGGGCACUGUGCCAUGGCACAGCCCCAGUCCAACUCCUGAGCAUCUGGUAGAGCUGUCACUUCCAAACACAUUGCUGGCCCCAUCUAGAACACAACCACAAAGAUAGAUGAUCAUCCCCUAGCCUUUCUCAGCAGGACCCUCAUGUGACUUGUGACUAAGAUGUCCCAUCUUCAGCACGGGGCCCCACCCAGCCAGCCAGGGCUAGGCACCAACUCCUGGAUACUAAUGUGGCUUCGAGACCAAGACAAGGAUAUGGUCCAUCCCCUCAGUGUAGGAUCAGGCCUGAAGUUGGCCUCCACAAGCUUCAGACUAGACCAAGCAGCCUAUAUCCCUCCUAUGAUUGUGAACUAUGGAAAUUCCAUUAAAUUCUCUGUAAUUGGCAAUCCCAGGGAUGACCAAAGCCAGUAGGGUCAAGGCUCAGAACUCAAUACGGACACAGCAUGGUCCAUUCACUUUAUUGGGUGUGUGUAGUGUUGUCAUGACAUCUCCUAGGGGACUGGAGGGCAUGUUUGACACUCAUGAGGUCAGAACAGGUCUGGGGGAGGGGGGCAUAGGGUGGUGAAUACCCACAGCACCCUUACCACCACCACUGAAAAAGAAAACU